AUGCAUUCCGGAACCAGAAGCAGCUUCAAUAACGGCUCAAAUCGCUCGGGCUUUGCUUCAUAUGCAUACCAGAAGCCUGGUUCACAGGGAUCUCAAACCGCUGGUCCAACAUGGCAUGUAAAGGUCGCCGAUUUUGGAAUCACAAGGGACCUGAGUAACACAGUGGCCGGGACACAUCAGAUUGGGACUUUCGGCUACAUGGCUCCUGAACUGUGGCACACGUCUGAACGUUAUACAUCCGCGGUUGAUGUAUGGGCCCUCGGAGCCAUCGCCUUCUGCAUGCGAACAGGAUCGCCCCCUUUUCCCAAUCCCUUAACACUGGCCAACUACCCGGAAGACCCUACCGUAUUUCCCACCCUUAAGCUACGCUCCUCUACCCAGCCUUGCAGGGGGUUCAUCACAGGCGCCAUGGCGGCCAUCCCCCAAGAACGAUUAACAAUCAUCGAAGCUGUGGGGCAUUAUUGGCUGUCCAGAGAUAUGAAUGUUUCAAAGAGGUAA